AUGGCUGCCACAGAGGACACGGCAGGAAACACUUACAGCACUGCUCUGCUUCCCACCUGUAAGGAAACCGUGGUUCCGUAUAGGGUUUUAUUUAGCAUGUAUCCGGAUCACGGAAAGUUUUGGCAAUUGUUUGCUCUGUCCCCACUGAAAAGCUACUCUGUGAACUUCACUGACGCCGUGGACUUCACACUGCUUCAGGUGGACCUGGCAGGGGCUCUGAUGGCUGACAGGUUGAGUGGCUCCGAGAGAGAAGAGCGCAUCGUAAUCCAAGUCAUCCAGGAAGAUGCGCUGGGCACCAGACGGAGACAGCGACAGCAGAUCUCCUAUAAUUGGACAGUAUUUUUAAAUCCAAGAAGAAAUGAGCAUUUUGUCAUAAGCAGGACAUUUGAGAUACAGAGCAGAGAGGUCAUUUGGAUCACUAUCCGAGCAUCCUUCCUGGACAAUCAGGCAGUUCCUCUCUUAAUGGCUCAUCACUACCUCCGUGCGGAUGUGGAGACACAAGUUGCCAUUGCUGCAGCCAUCCUGGUGGGGGUCUACCUGCUGAUUAUAUUUGAGAUCAUCCACAGAACACUGGCGGCUAUGUUGGGCUCCCUUGCGGCAUUAGCAGCAUUGGCUGUGAUUGGUGAUAGACCUAGCCUCAGCCAUGUGGUGGAGUGGAUUGAUUUUGAGACCCUGGCCCUCCUGUUCGGCAUGAUGAUCUUAGUAGCCAUAUUUUCAGAAACUGGAUUUUUUGAUUAUUGUGCUUUAAAGGCCUACCGGUUCUCCAGGGGAAGAGUGUGGGCCAUGAUCAUCGUGCUGUGUCUCAUUGCUGCUGGACUGGACUUUGCUGAGUUCACGGCCCACAUGUCUGUGGGGAUCUGCUUCGUCCUCCUCGUCUCCUGUCCCUUCCUCCGACUCCUGUACUGGAACAAAAAGCUGUACAACAAGGAGCCCGGUGAGAUCGUGGAGCUGAAGCACGAGAUCUACGUGUGGCGUCUGACUGCACAGCGCAUCAGUCCAGCCAGUCGAGAGGAGACGAUGGUUCGCCACUUGCUCUUGGGCAAGGUGAAAGAACUGGAGCAGCUACUGGCCUGGAGGUUGCACACCUUCCAAAUACAAAUUUCACAAGAAGAUAAAAAUUGGGAAGCCAACAUCCAGGAGCUGCAAAAGAAGCACCGGAUAACAAACAGAACUCUGCUCAUCAAGUGCUUGAUGGUGCUGGGAAUGGUUAUCUUUAUGUUCUUUCUCAAUUCAUUUGUCCCUGGCCUUCAUCUUGACCUUGGCUGGAUUGCUAUUAUAGGUGCCCUAUGGCUGCUAAUUUUAGCCGAUAUACAUGAUUUUGAGAUAAUUCUACAUAGAGUGGAAUGGGCAACACUUCUGUUCUUUGCAGCACUAUUUGUUCUGAUGGAGGCACUGGCACAUCUCCACUUAAUAGAAUAUGUUGGAGAACAAACUGCUUUCCUAAUAAAGAUGGUCCCCCAGGACCAACGCCUUGCGACAGCUAUUGUGCUGGUGGUAUGGGUCUCAGCCAUAGCCUCGUCCUUGAUCGACAACAUCCCAUUCACCACCACUAUGAUUCCAGUGCUUCUGAACUUGAGCCAAGACCCCGAGGUCAGCCUUCCCGUGCAGCCUCUCAUGUAUGCACUUGCCCUUGGAGCCUGCCUAGGAGGCAAUGGGACCUUGAUCGGAGCAUCUGCAAAUGUCGUUUGUGCAGGAAUUGCUGAACAGCAUGGAUAUGGAUUCUCCUUCAUGGAAUUUUUUAGACUGGGCUUUCCAUUGAUGGUGGUCUCCUGCACAGUUGGGAUGUGCUAUCUCCUGGUUGCUCAUGUUGUAGUGGAAUGGAAUUAAACUUGUCCCAUCAUCAACUUCAAGCUGUACCUUGAUGGCCUAAGAACUCUUUUUGGAUGCAAGAACAGGUGCUCACUCUGAGGAUGCUGCAUGGUGGCGAUACUGCAGGAUGAAGCUAUUGGCACACAGGUGGAUGCUGCCAUGUUGAAUGUCUUUCCUCUCAAAAUACAGAAAAUAUAAA